AACAAAGCCUUGUCGAUUUGAAUCUUCGUGUUUCCCCUUCCCCUACCCUACUAUACUCCUCUCCCUCCUCGGCGCCGCCUCUUCCACCCAUGUCUCGGCGCUUGCGGUCCUUCAAGCGGUGGAUGCGCUCGCACGGGAUCGAGUGCUCCGACGCCCUAGAGCUCGCGGAAGAAGCCCCGGGGCGCGGCGUCUUCGUCGCCGCCCUGUGCGGCCUCAAGGAGGGCGACCUCGUCGCCACCAUACCCAAGAGCGCGUGCCUCACGACCCGCACCUCGGGGGCGCGCCCCCUGAUCGAGGGCGCGGCGCUCGGCGGGUGCCUCGCCCUCGCCGUCGCCCUCAUGUACGAGCGCAGCCUCGGCCCCGGCUCCCCCUGGUACGGGUACCUGCGCCUCCUCCCCGACCGCGAGUGCGUGCCCCUCGUGUGGAGCGCAAGCGAGGUUGAGGAACUCCUCGCCGGGACGGAGCUCGACAAGACGGUGAAGGAAGACAAGGCAUGUCUCUAUGAGGAUUGGAAAGAAUCCAUAGAGCCCCUUAUUCACACAGGACCUUUGAAACUUGACCCACACUAUUUUGGCCUUGAGCAAUACUUCUCAGCCAAGACUCUUAUUUCGUCAAGAUCCUUCGAAAUUGACAGUUACCAUGGCUCUGGAAUGGUGCCUUUAGCUGACCUCUUCAAUCACAAAACAGGUGCUGAAAAUGUACACUUUACCAAUGCUGCAUUGCCUUCUGACUCAGAUGAUGAAAGUGCUGAUAACAUUAGUGAUGCAUCUAGUAGCAGCAGACCUUCCAUGGAAGUCAAUUCUAACUCUCCAGCAGGUGGCAAGGAUGAGGCUUUAGAAAUGAUCGUUGUAAGAGAAGUUGAUGCAGGGGCAGAGGUUUUUAAUACUUAUGGCCUAGUGGGAAAUGCUGCUCUGCUUCAUAGAUAUGGAUUUACCGAACUUGACAAUCCAUUUGACAUCAUUAAUAUCGAUCUAGCCCUAGUAACCAAAUGGUCCUCAUACAAAUUUUCCAAUCGACGCACUCGAUCAAGGCUCUCAACAUGGAGAAAGUUAAACUAUUCAGGCUGCACCAGUCAGGAUUCCGAGUACUUUGAGAUUUCUUACAACGGAGAGCCACAACUCGAGCUUCUUGUCCUUCUCUACAUAAUCACUUUGGUAGAAAGUACUUUUGAGAAGCUUAAAAUGAUGAUGGAUACAUUGGAAAGCACAUAUGACUGCUUUAGUAGUGUCGUUGAGUUGAUUAAGAUCACCAGAAGCAAUGGCUGCAAAGAUUUGAAGAUAAUUAAUGGGCAGAAAGAGCCAGAGGACUUGAAGAAGCUAUUGCUCACAGAGAGUGUUUGCUGUGCGCUUUUAGCGCUUGCUGACUCAAGAGAGAGUCUCUACGGAUCUAAUUCUCUAGAGGAUGAUUUAAAGAAGUUGAGCAACUGUUGCUGCAUUAGUGAGAGGAAAUUGUACCACUCAUUGGUGUUGCGGGUGAGUGAGAGGAAGAUACUAAGGAGAUUAAGGGCCUAUGCUACUAGGUCGUCAAAGAAAAGAAAGUUAUAGUACGGUAUCGAAGUACAAAAGGGUCAAAAAAUUAAAAAAAGAAAAGGAGUUGAUAUUGUUAUCUGUUGCCAUUUUCUGAUUAUUUUCUUCCAGCAUUGCUCUCUUUUUGCCUGGGGUUUUCAAACAACUUCUCUACAUUGAGUAGCAGUUUUAUCAAGCACCUGGCUUCUAAAACAUGGAUUUGAAGCCUAUGUUUCUGCUGCAGCAAAAGCUGUUGCGGAGAUUCUGAUGGGAAUUGUUACUAGUGCAGAUUCUCAUGGUAAAUGUUAUUAGUGCUGCUUUGGAUAAUUUUAAUCAAAUGGCAUUUUAUCUGAAGCUCUGGAAAAGAAAAUAAUCCGUGAAUCAGAUGUCCAGUUCUUCAUUCCUUUUGAAUUUGCAAGCAGUCAUGCUGUCGAUUCUGCAGUUGAUAACAUUACAGGGUCAUUGGAUUUUUUUCUUUUUUUUUUUUUGUUCGUCAAAACAUAUGACAGCAAUUAUUUUUUUGGCACUUUAUAAUAUUUUGUAAUAAUAUUUGGCAUUCUCUUGAGAAAUUUGGGAAGAGUAUGUGAAAUUACCAUUGGUUCAGUUUAA